AUGGAGGCGCAUGACUACAAAGGAGUGUAUAUCCACAAUGUGGGGACUAUCAAUUUGUAUAAUAACAACGGUACGGGACAAGGUUCUACAACUCUUCAAACCGGACAACGUGAAGGAAAAGAAGAAAAGAAAGAGUUGUGUGAAAAGAAGUGGGCGGAGAAGCACUUUGCGCUUGUUCGGGAAAGUAUCAAAAACAUCGAGAACUCGAUGAAGGAAUUUCGUGGGGUGAUGAACAAACGGUGGGGAUAUGUUAACCAACAGAUUGAGAUGGCGAAGGAAAAACGUGACAUCGAUUUGUUCAACGAAACGCAGGCGAAGUCACCAUUUCACGACAUUCAAAGUGAUGUUGUGCAAUUGAAGAAGACUGUCACCACUCUUCAAAAGAAAAGCGAAACGGAAAAGUUUAGGGUUUUGAGUUAUUCGAAUGUUGAUUUAAUGGGAUACAUCAAAGAAUGGACAGGAAAGAAUACAUUCAAAGUCGUCUUUGACACGGAACGCGAUGAGUUUUCUGUUCGUGAAGUCAGUGGGAGAACUCGACUUAUAAAGAAUGUUUUGUUUUUGGUCGAGACUGCAAGUGGGUGUGUGUUUGGCUCAUAUGUCACUACAAAAAUUCCACCCGUACGAGCAGAGGCAUAUAAUACCUUUUUUGGAAAAGAUGAGGGUUACUUUGUCUUCACAAUGAAAAAUCCACACAAUAUCCUCCCCACUAAAUUCGACAAGAAAGACAACACAAAGACAAUGAUGUUCUGGAAAGAACCCAACGAACUUGAGGCAGUGCUCUCUGCUAUUCUGUGUUUCAGAAUCAGCGCAGAUGGGAAAGGAAUGAUCAUGAAUCAAUUCAAGGAUUUCUAUAAUGAACCGACGGGAUUUGGAGAUGACGUGUUCACUGGAACACAUGAGCCUAAUGUAUUCGACGUUGCGAGAAUCCUUAUUGUCAAGUGUGAGUGA